GUCUGAAGCUCGUAGUGACGGCGGGAGGGAAGCUCGGUACUGUGACUGCUGCUGGGGCAGGAAGCUCUGUGUACUGACAUAAUGAGUGAGACGGAGAAGAUUGAAGAGGCCGCCCCCCCGUACCUGUGUGAGGAGCCCCCAGAGGGAGCCGUCAAAGACCACCCUCAGCAGCAGCCCGGCAUGAUUUCCCGUGUAACCGGCGGAAUAUUCAGCCUGACCAGAGGGGCUGUUGGCGCCACAAUCGGAGGCGUGGCUUGGAUUGGAGGGAAGAGUUUUGAAGUGACCAAAACUGCCGUGACGUCGGUGCCCAGUAUAGGCGUCGGCAUCGUCAAAGGAGGCGUGUCUGUAGUGACCGGGAGCGUGGCGGCUGUGGGAUCUGCUGUGUCCAAUAAAGUGUCAGGAAAAAAGAAGGACAAGUCCGACUGAGCCAAGAACUCUUUAUUGAGAGAUUAUAAAAGGUGUGACUGGGCAUCCGCCACACAAACGAGCCACCGCCGCAGCCAUUUUUUAUUCUUUCAUUUUUUUUUUGUUUUCCAGGUCAGGUUGCGGCGGUGCUUGUGAGCUAGCCAAUGGCGUCGCAGCAGGCGUGUCCUCAGACUAUGGCGGCUCAUUGAAACUGCAAUGCAAACGUUACAUUUAUGACUCCCAAACCCAUUUACGAAUGUUCAGCUGCCCCACCCCGGGUCGACGGUGAGGUUGUCGCUAGCGUAGAGCAGAAUAGGCCGCCGCCCGCUUUCUACAUCAUCACCGGAGACGCAGGGAAAAAAAAAACUCCAAUCAAUGCAAUGGAAGGACCCUGGAGCUGCAUUUUUGUAUUUUUUACUUGUCCAAGAUUUCACCCCUUUAAGUCCCCGCCUCCACCUUGAGACAUACAAAAAAAAAAUAAUAAUGUUCAUAUUUAUGUUUAUUAUACAAUAAAAUGAAGCUUGGUUUUUUUUUUUUUUUUUGCAAUAGAUAUCAAUAUUGUCUCAUUAUGGGGUUCCAAUUAUUUUCUUUAUUUAUGUUAGUUUGCCCUUUAUUCGUUUGCUCUAGGACAGGUCGUUCCUCUGCUCUGGGGCCAACUCACAACUCCCGGCCGAGGGAAGCUGGGAAUUGUAGUUCAACACCAGCCUAUUAUGUUUUAGCCUAUAUUCUAUCCAUUGAGUCUGAACAUCUUAGUGUCUUGUACAUUAGCAGGUUCCUAUUUGCAGGUAAAUUUCUGAUGUCGUUCUCUGAUACUAUGUAUAAUGCUUUAAAGGGCAAGUAACACCCAGAACAAGAAUAGUCUAGAUUUACUUGUAGAAGGCUGCAGCUGGCAAGCUUCUAUCCGCUUUGCCUUUACCAUUCAAAAUAUGUUAUGUCAUUCAGGCUGCUGACUGGUUGCUAAGGCAAGUGCAGCCCUAACAACCAAAUAAGAGAUACAAGUCAGGAGCUGCAAAUAGCAAUAUAUGUGAUAAAGUCUGGGAGGGCAUUAUUCCCCCCUAUACAUGGGUCGAGAGUAGUGAUGGGACAAUUUAUUUGACAGGUGCAAAUUUCUGCGUUUCGCUGCCGGUGUCAUAUAUAUUUUUUUUUUUUAGAAAGCUCCCGUUGACUUUAAAGCGCAUCAAAUUGACGCCUGUGUCAAAAUUAGCAUUUCGCAAAUUUUUCGCCAUUUAGCGGGAAAUUCACGCAUUUUCUGGCGAAGCAAAACGGGAAAAAUUCCCCCAUCAUUAGUCGAGAGUUCCAAUGUCUCUCUGCAUAUAGCGUCUCCCAGAUUAAAUAACUGUACAAUGUACCAAGGCAAAUCCAAUCAAAAAAUAUACCAACUUUACCAUAAAUUCAUUACUGAUAAUCAGCAGGUUUAAAGUGGUUUGUAAAUGUAAUCCCUACUGAAAGCUGCACUCACUGCUGCUUCUGACUAUUGACACCCUGUAGCAGAAGUCGACUCUUCUCCAGCCAAGAUUCUACUUCCCACAAUCCCUGCAGGCCAUUUGUUUAUCCGCUACAUUGUUACAAUAUCCAGAACCAGCAGUGCCAAGAGCAGAUAUUGCAACUGCAUUUCCAGAGACCUUUAAGACUAUCAAUAAUGUGUAAUGAUUGUGUACUGGACAGUUGCUUCAUUAGAGUAAAUUGAUUCUUUUAGGCUUACAAUCUAUUCAGCUAUUUUUAUUCUGGGCUUUAUUUAACCUUGGAUAUUCCAUCUGUAUGCAAGAGGUUGACUUUAUUUCCCCUUUAGGGCAGAGAGACACGAUGCGAUUCAGGGAGAUUAGUCGCCCGGAGACAAAUCUCGUCUUCUUCGGGACGACUAAUCUACCCCGAAAUGCCUUCCCACCGGCUAGAAUGUAAAUCACCGGCGGGAUGGCUGUCGGAUAGUUUCGUUUUCCAAAGUCGCCCAUCCCGCCGACGAUUUACAUUCUUGCCGCAGGGGAGGCAGUUCGGGGAGAUUAGUCUCCCUGAAGAAGAGAUUUGUAGCCUGGCGACUAAUCUCCCGAAUCUGAGUUUGUGUCUCUGCCCUUGAGCUUCUUGUUUUAUGAGACCGUAACCCCCUUACUUUGUAUGCGUUUGGCUCCCUUUACUUCUUUUAUCAGAAUAUUUGUGUUUGUCUCAUAGUAAAUAAGCAGAGCCUCAAUGUGCCGAGACUUCAGAUAUAGUCGACCAAUCGAACUGUGAAUUGUGCUGUGACUUUUUUUUUGUGCCUGAAUAGAUUUAAUAAAAUAUCUCUUCUGUAAAUCGCA